CCUGUGGCCGUGGAAGCUUGGCUCCGCUCGCUGGCACGCUCACACGCGCACGCGCACUGGGGGCGAGCAAGAGAGGCAAUCCCCGCAGACGCCACAAGCAGAAAACACACGCGGCUGAAAAGAUUCCUGGAAAAGAAGCUCGCUUAGGUGUCAAACAAAAGAAAACGAGAAUCGCACCUUACACGGAAGUCAAGUGUCAGACACUCGGCCAGAUGCAGUGAGAAAGAAGUGCGAAGUAUGGAGUUUAUCUUGUGACAGCUGCUUUACAUUACGCAGCUACCAAAGAGGAGAGCUGUCACCAUCCCUUCAUUACAGAGGACCCAGCAUCCUGUCCGCUCCUUUUAUCCGUCCAUGAUGGCUUGGGGAACACUUGACUUGGGGAUCUCCGGCUGACACCUCUAAUCCAAACAUAUCGGCGCCCUUUCCCCCUUCCGACAAUAUUCGGCUCUGAGUCCGUUCCUCUGAGCCCGCUCCACCGUCACCAUGGCGAGUUUGGCGCUCAAUGAGACUGGGAUGGAGGACUGCGGCAUUGACGACUCCUUCAAGUACAAUUUAUAUUCCGUGGUCUACAGUGUGGUCUUUGUCUUGGGCCUCAUCACCAACUGUGCUGCGCUCUUUGUCUUCUGCUUUCGCAUGAAAAUGCGUAACGAGACGACAAUGUUUAUGACUAAUUUAGCGCUAUCCGAUUUAGUGUUUGUUUUUACGUUGCCGUUCAAAGUCUUCUACAACGUGAACCGCCACUGGCCAUUUGGAGACGGACUGUGUAAGGUUUCAGGAACGGCCUUCAUCACUAACAUCUACGGCAGCAUGCUCUUCCUCACCUGCAUCAGCGUCGACCGCUUCCUGGCGAUAGUCUACCCUUUUCGCUCCCGCUCCAUCCGCACGCGCAGGAACGCCGCAAUGGUGUGUGCAGCUGUGUGGCUGACCAUUGUGGGAGGAGGGAUAUCAGUCACCUUCUUCUCUACCAUCAACAGUACAAAUAGAGCCACAGCCUGUUUCGAAGGCUUCUCCAAGAGCACCUGGAGGACGUACCUUUCCAAAAUCACCAUCUUUAUUGAGAUUGUGGGAUUUCUACUUCCCCUGCUGGCCAACUUGGUAUGUUCUUCGCUGGUUCUCAGGACACUGCGUCGCCCAGUGACGGUUGGCCACGGCUGUGACAGCAAGAGACGCGUCUUGAGGAUGAUUCUCGUCCAUCUCGGCAUCUUCAUUAUAUGCUUCGUCCCUUAUAACUCGAUUCUCUUUCUGUAUGCCCUGGUGAGGACCCAGGCCUUAGCUAACUGCUCCGUGGAACGUUUUGCACGAACCCUGUACCCUAUCACUCUGUGCCUGGCAAGUCUCAACUGCUGCCUCGACCCUGUGGUGUACUACUUCACUUCUGAGAGCUUCCAAAAAAGUUUGACCUUGGGGAACAAAGGAUCCGGCUCUCGGCCUGAGAGCAUUCCCCGUAGCGACACCGAGACACAGGACACAGCAAACACUCUACCAAGAGACACGCACACUUUGGCGAGGAACGGAAAAGACACGAAAGUCGCCGAGAGUCAGUUUUGACCAAAUGAAGAAAUGAUAGACAAGGACAAGUGGGUAUAAGAGACCCUGGAUUUGAAAUGUAAAGCAUCAGCUGGUUGGUCCUUGAAGUGGCAAAUGCAUAACUCAGCAGAUUAGUCCUGUUGUAAAUCCUAAACUAUGGUCUGGGCUUUACCAAUUAAUCCGCCACUUGGGAGCCCAAGAAUAUAUGUGUUUAUUACACAGAGAAGCAGCCACGCCAGGACAACAGUGAUCGUCCUUGGGACAGAAAAGACUCUUGAACCUCAAAUGACUCAGACAUUAAUACGCACUCUCAUGCACUGGAUUUUCAGAUUUGAUAUUAAUGACUUUUAUAACGCACUAAGCCCAUACAUAUCUUUUAUUGUCUUCAGUUCAGGCUUUUGCAGUAAAGUAUGUCAGUGUUAUGACACAAUUUUGGCUCAUUCUUAUUAUUUAGCCAAUUUGGAGAGAGAAAAAAAAUGUGUCAUGUGUCAAGUUCGGGGCCAUUAAAUGAAAAGGAAAAAUG